GCUAUACGACACAAGCGGCGCACAAGAGUGGCCUGUGUGCUGCGUACGGGAGUGUGAUGUCGCUUCGAAUGCGCAGCGACCCAGCGCCAUUGCGACUAGGACUUCCUACGAGCUGUUGGCGACUUAGGUCAUAAUCGAAAAAUCACGGGUCUCCUCGUCGACAUCUCUCGGAUUACGGGUGGCAUGUCAUGAGUUCUCGGUGCGCCUAGCUCUUCAUAUUUAGGGUCGCUUCUUCCCACGACAAAGCAAUUCUUGACGCUUACCGAAGGUCGCAACACCUAUGUAGCCGUAUCCCCUAUUUCAGAUCCUCAAAAGCCGCUACCAUGUCUCCUCGUGCUGUACACUUCAUCCGCCAUGCCCAAGGCUACCACAAUAUCGACAACGACCAAAGCAUCUCUGACCCCGAUCUGACUCCCAAAGGCCGCGAGCAGUGCAAGCAGCUGUCAGUCUCUUUCCCAUACUUUGAUAGCAUCGGCCUUGUCUGCGCAAGUCCUAUCCGCCGCGCCAUCCAAACUGCUUCUAUCAGCAUGGAACCAUACCUCCAAUCCGGCAAGACCAAGAUCCUGGCUCUACCAUUGGCACAAGAGGCCCCGGCUGAACCAGCAAAUAUCCCAAGUGGAAUAAAAAAGCUGCAGGAUGAGUAUGGGACUAUUGUCAACUUCCAACGAUGCUUCGAGAUGAUGGAUUUCGACUCGAAGAGUGGCACCUUCUCGCCUGAUGUGAGCUCGCUCAAAGAGCGGGCGACGGCCCUGCGCAAAUUUCUCCAAAAUCGGCCAGAAGAGGAGGUUGUGGUGGUGUCCCAUGGUCAAUUUCUGCACUACGUGAGCUGCGACAUCGACGAAGAGGGCAAUCAGUUAAAUGGGGACUGGGAGAAUACGGAAUAUCGCUCUUACAGAUUUUGGCCAACCGGACACCCAGAUGCCCUGCUGCAAGAGACCGAUCAAAGUGUCCAGCGACGGAAUGCAAGUGGACGAGGGCAUGCACAGGGCUCAAGUGGGCGCACUUAGAUGUGCUAUAUGCGGUCUAAUAACCCACAGAAUUCGACGGCACACUUGUCAGAGGUUGAUUCCUCGCGUGAGAUAUUCUUGUCGUGAGCUUCACAGUACAUACUACCUAAUGUAUGACGGAGCUAAGCUUCCUCAAGAAGCAUGCCGAUUGAUCGUUACGUCCUGAACGUGUUUGCUGCAGUUGUUUAACCUGCGAGAGAGCACAAUCAUAAGUAUGCUCAUGCACUACAGUAGUGGUGAUGGCGGAGUCUUUCUCAGGAAAAUAGCCGCGCGACGUGUAGAAACAUAUAUAGUCCACUGGACUUGCGCAAAUACACUGCAGCAAGAUCGAGCAGCUUACAAACUUGACAAUAUAUGCCUCUUAGUGUUGGGCUGCGCGCGGUGCAAGACGGUGGGCGAUGUGCUUGAAAACGU